AGCAACUAGAAGUUGAUGAUGCAAAGAAUAUUGUAAGCCCUAAUGAAGAAGCUAACCAAGAAAAUAUGAAAGAAUCUGAUGAAAAUGCAGAAGAACAUAAUACUCAUAGAGAGAAUUCUAUUAAUAAACUUUUUUUUAGAGUCUUCGUUAAUAACUUAUUAUCUUGUGCUGAAAGAAUCGAAAAGCCAUACUAUUCAGCUGGAAUCUAUCCAGAUGUUUGCAUCGAAUAUGAGUGCCUGAAUAUUAAUAGACCAACAAAAGAUGAGCACCCAUGUUAUAGUGAUUGUGGUAGUAACUCUCUUAACCCAAAGAAAUCUUCAAUAAGGAUUAAGAAUAAUAAAAAUAAACAAAAUGCAAGUAAAAACUUAGCUUUCAA